AUGGAUCCUGUUGGUAAUACAAUUGGACUAUUACGAUUUGUGCUCAACUCCUUCAGUCAAAUCCAACUGGCACGAGAAUUUGAAAGCGAAUUCGAAAGAUAUCAGCCAAAGCUUGAUCUUAUUCAGCUGCGCCUCUCUCGAUGGGGUGAAAUCGUCAAGCUCAACAACAAUAGCAAUAUCGCAAGCAAAGAUCUUGCAACGCCUGUCAAUAGAGGAGAAGGCUUAGAAAACCCAAAAGGGGAUCCUACAACUGGAAUUCUCCUCGAAAUCCGAGACACCGUUGCCAAGGCUCAGAGAGAUGCUAGGAAGAUAAAGAGUGGCACCUCAUCAGACCAGCUCCUCGACGCUGAAGUAUGCCUUCCAGCUGAUCUUAGGGGAUUGCAUACUCGCUUCAAGGGCCUUCUUAGUAAACGGACAUCCCAGACAGUAAAAGUGGUAGAAGGCCUAAAAUGGGCCUUUUACAAGCGAGACCACUUCGACAGAUUUAUCGCAGACAUUUCUUCUCUUACUGAUAAUCUGGAAGGUCUGCUGCCAGAGGGUGACAGGCAAAAGCUCUGGGAACUCAGCAGCGAUGAGUGCGAAGGGAUCAAUAAGCCCAAUCUAGAAGAACUGAAAGACAUUGCCCAGGAUUGCGACCCGAUUAUUGAGAAUGCGUCGGGUGAGGCACUGAGAAACGCUCGAGGCGGCGCCAAUAACGUUACGCAGACACACAACAUCGGCAACGUGCUGGGGUUUAACAAUGGCAACUUCAAUCUCACUCCUGCAGAACUGGCUGAGAACGAACAUCGGAGGGCAGUAAAGGCUUGGAACAAAUUUAAACCAUGUGGCUUGCUACUGGAAAUAAAAGAAUUGGAAGCCUGGUUUAACAUGCAAUGUCAACAGUCUGUUCUUUGGAUAAGUGGUUGCCCGACUAACCCUAACAUUUCCAGGUCCUAUAUGAUUGAGUAUAUUCGAGAAAAAAAGAUAAAGAGACCUUCUAAACCAUGUCAUCUCUUAUAUUACUACAUCGACAGGACAGUCACCGGAAGUUCUUAUCGCAACCUACAACAAGCAUUCUGGCAGCAAGCUUACCCAUCGGAUCGUGUACAAGUGCACGUUCUUAACAAUCAGGAUAGAGAGGAUAGCAGUAUCCUCGAUGUGUUAGUCGAAAGAUUAGCUGCAGCUCACCGCGACGUAUACAUCAUUAUUGAUGGCCUAGAUCAACUCCCUCGAAGACACAGCAAGGAUGGCGGCCACCUCGCUGUAGCUAUUAGCUCACAAAACACUCCGUCUUUUGAUCGUGGGAAAGAGUAUGAUAAGGUCUUUGAUCUCCGACUCCGGCCCAGUUACAUGUCUUCGGAUAUUCGGAAUUACCUAGGAAACAGCUCUGGUGAUUCGACUAUCUUCAUGGGGACCAAAGAUCUUCGAUGA